AUGUCUCUCAUUCAGGGCUAUUCGUCCGACGAGGACGACGCUAAACUCCAAGGAAACGAUGUGUUUGGACUCUCCGCUGUCCCAUCGACGAAGAAAGUGCGUUUGGACGAACCUGUUCAACCCAAAAUCACUGCCAACGCUGCCCCAGAUGUCCUCGCCGAGGAUCCUUUGAACCAAACAUCUCUCGUUACACGACCUACGGACACUCAAAUGAAUGUCAAUAUCCCCUACAAUGACAUGAUGUUACCACUUCAGGGCCCAGAAAACCCCUUCGGCGACCGCAAUCGAUUCUUGAACCAAAAUGCGUUGGCUGGGCAUGUCGAAGAACAGUCCAUGACAGAGCACGCCUUUCGGGCGCAGCACCUAACGCAUUCCAUUCUCGGCUAUUCCUCAAAUCCUUCAAUGGAUCCUAACGCCCCCACGAUACUAGGCUCAGUGGAUAGCGCACAGCAGAAUGGCUUUGCAACAAUUGACACGUUACGAGCUUCCAGGACACAAAAGAAGGAGCUCAAGCGAAAACGGAAAAACAAGGGCGAUUUAGACGUCGUUGAUGGAGAGGGAUCGUACGUCGGUCCAUGGGCGGCAUGGGAAGGCGACGAACCCCAGAGAGACUUCUUGGCGGGUGUUACUGCGGAAGAUGAGGAAGACGAAGACGAGGAAGACGAACCAGAGCAGGCGGUCGUCCUCAAAAAGGCGAAACCAAAGCGGGGUGCCCCUGGUCAAGAGCAUUCGGUGUUCCAUGGGAAGUCUAUGACCGACUAUCAGGGGAGAACGUACAUGUCCCCACCUGUUGCGGAGGCCCCCAGUAUCCUUCGAGAGGCUGGAUCGCAAGAUUGCUUCAUCCCCAAAGUUUGUAUACACACAUGGACAGGGCACACCCAAGGUGUCUCCGUCAUUCGUCUAUUCCCCGAGUCUGGCCAUCUCCUUCUCAGUGGUUCGAUGGACACAAAGAUCAAGUUGUGGGAUGUGUAUACGCAUGGGAACUGCUUGCGCACUUUCCAUGGCCAUGUCAAAGCCGUGAAGGAUGUUUCAUUCUCCAACGACGGUCGCAAAUUCCUCUCGUGCGGUUAUGAUAGGCAGAUGAAGCUCUGGGACACGGAAACGGGGCAGUGCCUUCAGCGGUUUAGCAACGGCAAAAUCCCGUAUGUCAUCCGUUUCCACCCAGACGAGGACAAGCAGAACAUCUUCCUUGCUGGCAUGUCGGAUAAGAAAAUUAUACAGUACGAUAUGAAUUCGGGCGAGAUUACCCAGGAGUAUGAUCAACAUCUGGGUCCUGUGAACACCAUUACCUUUGUAGAUGAGAACCGCCGAUUUGUUACCACCUCUGAUGACAAGACGAUCCGUGCAUGGGACUUCGACAUCCCAGUGGUCAUCAAAUAUAUCGCUGAGCCGCACAUGCACUCGAUGCCAGCUGUAACCCUACAUCCAUCUAAGAAAUAUUUUGCCGCACAAUCGCUUGACAAUCAAAUCCUCAUUUACAGUGCCGACAACUUCCGUCAGAACCGCAAAAAGAGAUUUGCAGGACAUUCGGUAGCAGGCUAUGCAUGCCAGGUUGGAUUUUCGCCAGACGGAAAAUGGAUAAGUAGCGGGGAUGGUGAAGGGAAUGUUGUAUUCUGGGAUUGGAAAACGGGGCGAAUAAAGUCGAGGUUGAAGGCCCAUUCGAAAGUCGUUAUCGCACACGAAUGGCUGCCACACGAAACGUCGAAAGUUGUAACAGCUUCCUGGGAUGGUCUUAUCAAGUUAUGGGAUUGA